AUGGCAUCGACAUUAACACGCUCAGCCCACCAUAUUCUCCGCCACUCCAUCCCCUCCCACGGCAUCACUCAUGCGCGCACAACAACAGCAACAGUAACAGCAACAGCAACAGCAAUCCGCCACCUCUCCCUCCUCACCCGCCCUGCUACACUCACACAAAUCCACACCCACACUACAUCGCCAACCCGCAGGGAUAAUGGCCCCCACCAAAAACGAUAUAGCUCGCACUCCCCCCUCAGCGCCACAUCCGUCCCGCCCCGCAAGAAAGUCACCCUGCAGACGCUGCGCGCCAUGUACAAGCGCGGGGAGCCGAUUACCAUGCUGACGGCGCAUGACUUUCCCUCAGGCCAUGUGGCCGAAGCAGCGGGCAUGGAUAUGGUGCUGGUCGGGGAUAGUUUGGCGAUGGUGGCGCUCGGGAUGGAGGAUACGAGUGAGAUUGUGAUGGAGGAGAUGCUGUUGCAUUGUCGGAGUGUGGCACGGGCGGUGAAGGGGGCUUUUACGGUCGCUGAUUUGCCAAUGGGUUCGUAUGAGGUUUCGCCGGAACAGGCGGUGCAGUCUGCCAUUCGGAUCGUCAAGGAAGGGAGAGUUCAAGGGAUAAAAAUCGAGGGCGGCGAGGAGAUGGCGCCCACGAUCAAGCGCAUCACGCAGGCGGGAAUUCCUGUCGUCGGGCAUGUCGGCCUCACGCCGCAGCGGCAGCAUUCGCUGGGUGGGUUCCGCGUGCAGGGCAAGUCGACGGCGGGCGCACUGCGGUUGCUGAGGGACGCGCAGGCGGUGCAGGAGGCCGGGGCGUUCAUGAUCGUCGUCGAGGCGGUCCCCGCGGAGAUUGCAGCCAUCGUGACAAAAAAGCUGCGCGUGCCGACAAUAGGCAUUGGGGCUGGAAACGGCUGUUCCGGUCAGGUGCUGGUGCAAAUCGACAUGACAGGCAACUUCCCUCCCGGUCGGUUCCUCCCCAAGUUCGUCAAGAAGUACGCCGAUGUCUGGGGCGAGGCUAUCAGGGGGAUCGAGCAGUAUCGCGAUGAGGUCAAGAGUCGGGCCUAUCCGUCGGAGGAGUACACAUAUGCCAUUCCCAAAGAAGAGCUGGCUGAGUUCGAGAGAAUCGUCGAAGAAGGCUCGGAUAAAUGA